ACCCUUUCCUCCUCCUUCACUUCGGAAACCUAGCAGCCCCGCCUUUCUUUAACUUUCAGAUCUCCCUCUCCUUCCUUCCUUUGUUUCCUUUUCGUCGGCCGUGCUUAGAAAGAAUCAUACAAUGGCCGGAAAAGGAGAAGGCCCAGCGAUCGGGAUCGAUCUCGGUACCACAUACUCAUGUGUGGGCGUGUGGCAACACGAUCGUGUCGAAAUCAUCGCUAAUGACCAGGGUAACAGAACCACUCCGUCCUAUGUUGGUUUCACCGACACGGAGCGUUUGAUCGGCGAUGCGGCCAAGAACCAGGUUGCCAUGAACCCCAUCAACACCGUCUUCGAUGCUAAGAGGCUGAUUGGCCGCAGAUUCAGUGAUGCUUCUGUUCAGAGUGACAUUAAAUUGUGGCCAUUCAAGGUCAUUCCUGGACCUGGUGAUAAGCCCAUGAUUGUGGUCAGUUACAAGGGUGAGGAUAAGCAAUUUGCAGCUGAAGAAAUAUCUUCCAUGGUUCUAAUAAAGAUGCGUGAGAUUGCCGAGGCUUAUCUUGGCUCCACAAUAAAAAAUGCUGUUGUCACUGUCCCUGCCUACUUCAAUGACUCUCAGCGUCAGGCUACAAAGGAUGCUGGUGUUAUUGCUGGUCUCAAUGUUAUGCGUAUCAUCAAUGAGCCCACUGCUGCGGCCAUUGCUUAUGGUCUUGACAAGAAGGCAACUAGCGUUGGAGAGAAGAAUGUCUUGAUUUUUGAUCUUGGAGGUGGUACCUUUGAUGUGUCUCUUCUCACUAUUGAAGAGGGUAUCUUUGAGGUGAAAGCAACAGCUGGUGACACUCACCUUGGCGGCGAAGAUUUUGAUAACAGAAUGGUGAACCACUUCGUUCAGGAGUUUAAGAGGAAGAACAAGAAGGACAUAAGUGGCAACCCAAGAGCUCUCAGGAGGUUGAGGACAUCAUGCGAGAGAGCUAAGAGAACUCUCUCUUCCACUGCCCAAACUACCAUUGAAAUUGAUUCUUUAUAUGAAGGUAUUGAUUUCUAUUCAACAAUUACACGUGCCAGAUUUGAGGAGCUCAACAUGGAUCUAUUUAGAAAGUGCAUGGAACCUGUUGAAAAGUGUUUGAGGGAUGCUAAGAUGGACAAGAGCACCAUCCAUGAUGCUGUGCUUGUCGGUGGCUCUACCAGAAUUCCCAAGGUCCAGCAGCUUUUGCAGGACUUCUUUAACGGGAAGGAGCUCUGCAAGAGCAUCAAUCCUGAUGAGGCCGUUGCCUAUGGUGCUGCAGUCCAGGCUGCUAUUUUGAGCGGUGAGGGUAAUGAGAAGGUGCAGGAUCUGUUGCUUUUGGAUGUCACACCUCUCUCCCUUGGACUUGAAACAGCUGGUGGUGUCAUGACUGUGCUAAUUCCCAGGAACACAACCAUUCCCACUAAGAAGGAGCAGGUGUUCUCUACCUAUUCUGACAACCAGCCUGGUGUGUUGAUCCAGGUCUACGAGGGUGAGAGAACAAGGACCAGGGAUAAUAACUUGCUUGGUAAAUUUGAGCUUUCAGGAAUCCCUCCUGCCCCCAGGGGUGUACCUCAGAUCACAGUGUGCUUUGAUAUCGAUGCCAAUGGUAUAUUGAAUGUGUCUGCCGAGGACAAGACUACUGGUCAAAAGAACAAGAUCACCAUUACCAAUGACAAGGGUAGGCUCUCCAAGGACGAGAUCGAGAAGAUGGUUCAAGAGGCAGAGAAGUACAAGUCUGAGGACGAAGAGCACAAGAAGAAGGUUGAGGCAAAGAAUGCCUUGGAGAAUUAUGCAUACAACAUGAGGAACACGGUGAAGGAUGAGAAGAUUGGAGCCAAGCUUUCUCCAGAUGAUAAGAAGAAGAUUGAGGACGCCAUUGAGCAGGCCAUUCAAUGGCUGGAAAGCAACCAGCUCGGUGAGGCAGAUGAGUUCGAGGAUAAGAUGAAGGAAUUGGAGAGCAUCUGCAACCCAAUCAUUGCCAAGAUGUACCAAGGUGCUGGUGCUGACAUGGGCGGAGGAGUAGACGAAGAUGGUCCCGGUCAUGCUCAUGCUGGAGGAAGUGGUGCAGGCCCCAAGAUCGAGGAAGUUGACUAAAUUUCUCUUAGCUUCGUAGGGGCUGGGCCGAUUCUUAGUUUUAUGGUGCUUUUGAUGGACUAAAAUGGGGCUUUGAAAUUUAUCUGUAUUUUUUGUUCAAAGCCGAAUUAUUAUAUGUUUUGCAUUCCGUCGUUUUGGACAUUGUUUGCCCGGGAACGUCUUGCGAGGCAAAUUUUAUUUUCUCGAAAUAUGCAAGUGUUUACUUUUAGAGACUUCAA